AUGAAGAACUCCAACAUGCCCAGGGAAGCCUCCGACAUGUUCCAGCGAGGCCUACCUCAGGAGAACCCGCCCAUCCCACCCCCCGUUCCCGCCAAUACCCCAACUGACUUCCCAGACCUCGGUUCACUGUCUCCGAAGAAAGGUCUCGGCCCUGAGACGGGCGAACUGGUCUCGGUGCCUGACGCAAUUUGUCACAUGCGAACUAUCACACUCCCCAACGUGUCUUCUGGGCCUCAGACAGAUCCUCCAACCUCAGACGCACCAGUUUCGGCGCCCGCAGCGAUGAGAUGCUGGCAACGACCGGCAGUGCUGCUCUGUUUCUUCUAUCUUGUUGGUCUGAGCACAACAUUGAGCCACAUCGUGUACUACAUCCAUCUGAGCGGGACUGUUGCUGGGGAUGGCUAUCGUCAACAGAGCAACAUCCGUAUCGGGACGGCGUUGGCUGUUCUCACGCAAUUCUCCUUCGUUACGGCCGUCUGGCUCUGUUAUACCCAGUGUCUCUGGCAAAUGCUGCGCAGAUUCAAGCUCGGGUCCGCCCUCGCUCUGCUGGCCUGGUGUCUCCUCCUCCCAGCCUUCUUCACGCCAUCGACGCUGUACAUUCUUCCCAGCACCAGGCGGUCCGUGGUAGACCAAAUGGUCCCCCACCUCGCCAUCUCAAACAGUACAGAGGGCCACCGGUUCGCAUACAGCCCCCCGACGCAGAGGAACGUGACGUACCUGGCAGCCGACGAGCCCCGCACCUUCGCCGGCCCCCGAACAGCCCUGAGCCUCGUGUCGACAGCCGCCUCAGCCCUCGGAGAGAUCCUCCCGCUGCCCGCCCCGCAUGACCACGCGAGUUACAACACGACCUUCUUCGGCCCUACCGUCCGCUGCGGCCCCGCCAAUGCGAGCGCAGAGGCCCUCAUCGACGGCUUUCUCCAGCAGAAGAUGGCCCAGCCGCUCGGUUCCGCCCGCGAGACCGACAACGCCUACUACGCCUUUGUGCCCGUCCGCGUCAACGGCACGCUCGCGCCCGUGUCGAAACCGCGCGACAGGGCGCCCAGCAAUGCGACGAACGAGGUCUGGAUCAGCUUAUCACGCUACGUCGACGACGAUGCCGACGCCGACGGGGGAUCGCCGCGGCAGGGUGGGCUCCGGCCCCGCGCGAGGCAGCGGCUCGUUUGCGAGCUGUGGAACGCGAGCUACCACAUGGCCGUGUCGUGGGACCACGGGGUCCAGAGCGUCCGCGGCAGCUCGGUUCCGCUGGGACGCGUUGGGUUCCCCGCAGCCGGCGAGGCGGUGGCGGCGACAGAUAUGGCGAAGCAUGCCUAUUCUGCGUUCAUGUGGGUCAUCACAGACCAGGUCGUGGGUUCUCUGUCGUGGUUCGAAGACGCAGCACAGGAGCAGCAGGAGCGGACGCCUCAGAAUAACAAGGCGCUGCUCCCCGAUUUUGAAAGGUGGUCGGACGCCAAGCCUUCGGCGUCGAGGGACAAGAAGCCGCCGGCUGACAGACGUCGCAGCGUGUCCGAGGUGAGCAAAGCAGGCGCGUCAGCCCCUGCGCCGGGAGCCGCGCAGUUCGGUGUCAUCGACACGCAGCUGGAGCACAAUGUCCUCCUCGGCUGCGACGACUUGGACGUCUUCUUCGACUUUAGCCAGCGGCUCUACAGCUUUGACACCUCGCGGCUGAAGGGCCUCAAGGAGCAGCGCCGGCGAGACAAGGCUGUGGCCGGUGGCCUGCCGCUUGGUAGACUCAUCCAGCAGCUGGCCUUUAACGUGACUAUUAGCUUGCUGCACAAUGAGCUUUUGACGUGA